UUCAUUCUGAUCAUGGGUUUCUGUUCCCAAAACAUAUUUUUCCAAACUUACUCAUUUAGAAAUGUGUUCAUAUAUAAAGAUGUAAAAAUAUUUUAUGCCAUAUGUUAUAAUCACCUGGCGAACAUAGGUGAGAAAAUUAUGGGAAGUUCAUGGGAUUGGGCACUGCUUCAGGCAGCAAGAACACCUCACAAAUUCAGCAGCUGAGAAAGGUUUAAUUAUUGGCUUUCAUUCUACAUUAAUAUCAUUUCAAAGUCAUUUCUACUACUAAGUCAAAAUCUGGGAACCUAGUUUAAAAGAGGUAGUCUGUUAAAUGAAAUUAAAUCUCUUAAGGUUUCACUGUCUAGCCUGAUAAUCGCUAUGACAGCUCUAUUUUGUCAUUUGACACUGACGACCCCUUUCGAAUACUAGGAGAGUUUCAUUUUCCAAAUAAAAUUCUAACAUGCUAGUGGUUUUAUGUAGGAAAAAUUCAGCAAAAUAUCUUCAAAUCUAUACCACAGCAUAAAAUAUUGUUUUGUAUUCACUACCUUCCCUGCAUUUCUGUCUCUGUGUUUUGAUGCACUGUUGUUAUUUUCUUGGUUUCUUCCUUUCUUUGGCUUCACACUCGCUGCUCAUUUUUAAGUUGGCUCCCAGGGAACCAGCCCCUCCUCUCACGCACAGAGCUUCUCCUGGCCCAGAUAACGGAGCUCAGCAGGGGCCUAGCCAGGGGUGGCCAUCCCUGACAGCUCAGUGUCCUCCGGCAAACCCUCUGAUUCCUUUCCUGGACAACUUCUUGGAUGAAUUAGAGAAGCUUAGUGCUUUCACCUUACCAGCUGACCAAGCCGAGCCAAAUAUCUCAGAGGAGAUCACCCUUGAAAUUAAAGAGGAACCCUCAGUUCCCCUCCCAUGGCCUCCAGCAUCUGUACCGGCCAAAUCACCUUCCCCUCGGCCACCCUUACGUGGCGCAGGUGCGACCUCAACUCCAGUCCAGCCCUAUGAGACAACGCCAGUCCAGGACCCCAGAAAGACAACUCAGAACAAGUGUGCAGAUUCGACAACAAUGAGAAAAGGCUUUGCGAGCCCUGAAAAGGUGUCUGAAGUCCUAGGGGAUAAGUUUGUGGCCUCUGCACACACUAAUGUGGGUCCCUUGCCCCAAACCCUCCCUGUCAUUGGAGAGGAAGAGGAGGAACUCUGUGAGGGGCUGAUGUCAGGCAUCCGAGGAGGGCUUGAAUCUCAAGACCCAGAUGCCUCGUGGUGGGGCCAUGAUGGCCCCGAGGUGACACCAAGUCUGUACAUCAAAGAGGAGGAAGAGGAGAGGAAACCCAGCUGCUCACAAGGUGCAGUAGCCACCCUCCCAGGUCCUAGAGCCCCCAAGGAACACAGCCGUGCAGCUCACACCAAUAAGGAGAGAGAUGGACCGUCUACACCUUUCCCCAGCUGUCUGCUUCCCUCCCCUCCCUCUCCUCCUCCCUUGGCCUCGGCCUCACAGCUGGUCUCUACGCUUUCUCAGCCUGCCCAGUCCUACUCACCACCUCUCCUCCCUAAACACUCUUACCAACAGGAAAUAAGUUCACCAAAAUUAAAGGUAACUGCAUCUUGUGUGUGGUUUCUUGCAUGUCUUUAUAUGGACUUAAUUAACUUACAUGUAUGUAUUUCAAUUUGUGCCAUCUUACAAGAUCUAAAAAAGUCAUGUCAAGACUGAUUGCUAACUUUUAACAACAGCAGCAUGGCCUCUAUCCAAAAAGUUAAAAUAUAUAUUUGCAUAAGUUAAAAUAUAUAUACCCACAGGCAGGAGAAAAACAAACUAAAAUUUACGUAAGAUUUUUUUUUUAAGUUGAGCGUUAGCUGGAGAAC